AUGGAUGGUUAUAAAACAGGGAAUGUCCGCAAACUUCCGUCGUGCCCUGCUCCUUCACCUUUUGAAGAUCAGGUUUACCAGAAACAAGAACAACAACAACGACUCCAAGGUCAACAUCAUCAAGACCAGAGCCAUAGCCAAACUUCAUUGCACAGCCCCCUAUCUUCCCUCCACACAGUUGAGUCACAAGCAUAUGAUCUGGCUGACUACAGCAGCCAAUCACCACAUAAAAUGACCCAGGCCCAGUUGCGCAGACUCGAAGUUGAAUCAGCCUCAACUGCUUCACACCCUUUUUAUUCAAGCGAGGUUGAUCAUCAGUACAAUGGGCAAAGUGACCAAUCGCCGCUUGACAACGGCAACAACGAAAACGACAAAAACAACUAUAGUAAGGCAAGAUUGAGAUACACAAGGACCAAUAGUCGUUCAAGUAAUGAUUCAUUCCACACUUCACCGGCCAAAAUGAGAAACUCGUUAGUGUCACCUCUGGAAGACCUGUAUGGUCAACAAGGGCCACAUAGAUUCUCGCAUUUCGUCAUUGAUCAACAAAAUCCAUUGGUUGCGCAACGAUUAGAUGAAUUGUCGGAUGUGACAUCGAGCUUGAGAAUCGAAGAGCCACUACAACAACAACAACCAGAAUCCAAUGCACAUAGAGAUGAAAUAGAGAACAAUUACCAAAUUGGAAAGCGAACCAAAACUUCACAUGAAACUGCAAGUAGUGGUAGUGGUGGUGGUGCAAGAUUGCGUGAGAUUUCCGACUCGAUGAACUCACUAGCUACGAUAUUCUCAACUCGGCCCGAUCCUAAGCUUGAACAGUUGAUAUUAAGUAGCAGUAAAAGAAGAAACACCAAUACCAGUUUGCGCAAGACGGCAACGAGUUUAUUUGGUCGCAAUCGCAACAAAUACAAGCAUAGAGGCUAUAAUAAUAACAGAACCAGUACCGUUAGAGUAUACCAUGAUGCCUCAGCUUCCGCCUCACUCGCAUCAUCAUCAUCCUCAUCACAUGUUGCAGCAGCACAAACAAAAGCAAAAGCAAAAGCAGCAGUAGCAGCAGCAAGAGCAAAAGCAAGACUUUCCGGUUCAUCAUCACUACAAUCGAGUACAAGCUUGAUCCGCAGACAAAACGCCAUCAGGUCAAAGCAAGGCUCAUGGGUAUAUCGAUUGAAAUUGAGAAUCCGCAAAUUCUUAUCCAAAUUUAAAUUCUUUAGUUUCAAAGCAUCGCUGAAACGGAAUGCUAGUAUCAAGAGAUCACAUAGUGGCAAGAAAUACACCGGGAUGAAAUCAAAUACCCUCGUGAGGAAGCAACGGGAAAAUCCUCAAAAUAAAGAUAUCAAACGAUUUGCCUCGAUCAGCAUUUCGAAUCCCUUGAAUAAUCCACAAUUGGGACGUGGUGCCGCGCAACGUGUUUCGGGCAUGGAUGACGAUUUGAAAAAGCAAGCUGGCGUGGUGAUGGUUUCCAAUCCAUUCACAACACCUCCACAAACAACAGCAACAGCAACAGCAGCACCAUCACCGCCAUUGCAACAGGAAUUAUCAAUUGAGGAAAUUACAGAUGAAUCCCAGGGCAAAUUAAACCACUUGUCGAAUUACAUCAAUCAGCAAGAAGGUGAUUAUAUCAAGAGCUUGAAUACUAAGCGUGCCAAUGGCUCGCAUAGUGCAUCAAUUACCGAUUCGCCCGAUUUACCCUCGCCGCAAGUUCAUGGGUCUCCAAUUACACCGCGUUUGAGUCUCCCCGCAGGUUCAACAACUACGACACCUGCGCUAUUAGCCUCGAUAUCAGGCAUCUCUUCCAAUGGUCAAUUUCCAGCACAACAGCCACCGCCAGUCCCACCGCACCGAGACACGACAUACAUGACCCAAACUCAAUUCAUCAAGCAACAAUUGAUGAAUCAGAUGUAUUCGAGAUACACCAUGCACCAAUUGUGGCAGAGUUACUUGCGGCAAGUCGUGUGCAGGAGGAUCACGCUCCGGUGUGAAAUCAACCAAUUCCACAAAUUCGUGGCUCGGAAGGAGACGGGGAAUAUGAUAAAUGCUAUUUUCGAACAAGUGAGGCUCGAACAUGACAUAUCUCGACAGACUCUGGUUCAAGAUCCAGAAUCGGCACAACCACCUCCAACAACUGCGGCUACAAAAGAAGCAACAGCAGCCAUGGUGGAUCAGCAAGGUGAGGGGGAACGCGCUGCCUCGAUCAAGGCAUCGUCAGUCUAUUCAUAUUCGGCGCAGACUGACACUACCGCGUCCACGAUUGACGAAUGCCACGAUGCGACGCCGAAACCACCGCAAGACGAGGAGUUUUGCGCCAAGGUGCUCCAUCGGCGUUCCAUGCUUGGGGAGAUGCUAGAGUACCACUCCCUGGACGACGAUGAGCAAGACGAAGACGAAGACGAAGACGACGAUGAGGUUGAAUACGAGGGAGAGUACGAUCUGGAAAUACGUGCUCCUUCUAGCUUGGAGCGGAUGAAUAGCAUCGUUAGCUCGAGAUGUGGAUCGGAGAUCUUUGUCAAGAAAUACGCUACGAUGUCGAGACGACACUCGAAAAACAUCAGGGAUUAUCAAGAUGAUGUGAGUGAUGUGGCUUCACAGCUGCUGGUUUUAAGACGUAGUCAUGGCAGGUUGCAUAACUUGAGUCAAUUGAGCUCAUUAGCAGGUUAA